AUGUCAAAAACGACAACGUACCUUUCGUCAGAUUUUCUGACCUCCCACGGUGUGCCGAUGACGAAGCCUCUCCGCGAUUGGUUGAAUCGGGCGGCGUAUUUACUGAAGACGAGAACAAAUGAGGCGGAUCGACGCAAAUACGAACGGUGGGCGGUGGGAGUUGUGGAGGACGCCCUGCGGGAACCCGGUGGAAUUGAGGGAAAAGAUUGGAGCCGCAUUUCUCCCGUGAUGCCGGCCAAUGCCGUCGAUAGGGAACCAACCUUUCUUCAGAAUAAUAAUAGCAACAACAACAAUAACAACAACACUGGCAGCGGCAGCGGUGAGUCUGCUGUUAAACCCACACAUGUGGAUUACCGCAAUGCAUUGUUUGCAGAAGCCAUGAAACGUGCCCCGUCUGAACUCCGUUCUUUUGUUGUGCAGGCGUUUGGUGUUGUGGAUGCUGAAGUUGCUGCGGGUAGAAGAAGGUAUGAUCUGGUCACUUUCAUAGAAGUCAUUCGGGUUGCUCAAGAACUGCAGUACGCCUAUCGCAGACAGAUGGAGCUGCAACAACAACAACAAGAGCUGCAAGAACAACAACAACGACGGCAAGAGCAACAACAACAACAACAAAACGGAGCUUCCCAAAAACAAAUAGUGUUAACAAAACCAACAGAAUCAUUAACAAAUUCUUCACUCUCUACAAAGGCUCCAAGACAUUCUCAUGAAGCCGAAAAAUCGCGCAAAGCACGUCGUACAGAAACUAAUUCCCAUCGAGAGGAUUAUAAUAGUAUGGAAUCAUCCUCACUCCCAGUAGGAUCCUCACGUACAUGUGAUUUUUUCAAAGAUCUCGUAUCUUGUAAUACGCAAUCCGCAUCAACGGCUUCAUUUGUUGGAAAGUCAAAAGAGUUAGAACGAAUGUAUUCAAGAUAUGAACCCACAGCAGAAGAUAUUCGUCCUCGAGAAGUUCUUAUAAAAGCUCUUUCAUUUGUUCUUGCAAAGGCUAAUGCAAAAGAAAAACAAGAAGGUUUACUUGCUUCUGCAAGAUAUUUACAUGAACAAUUAAAAGGGAUGAGACAAGACCUUCGUGUACAAAAUAUUGUUGAUGAAUUUGCUGUUGAUGUUUAUGAAAAACAUGCCCUUAUAUGUUUAGAACUUGGAGAUAUUGGAGAAUUUAAUCAAUGUCAAGCUUCCUUAAAGAAGUUAUACGAAGGUCUCCCUGAUACCACAAGAAAAUCGGUAUCAGAUUUUUUUUGCUAUCGCCUUGUCUAUCUUUGUUUAGGCGGACAAUAUGAUGCAUUGUCAACAGAGUUAAUCAGUUACACAAACAGAAAAACUCAAAAAAAUGCUUCAGCACGAGUAAAAAAAAGUGAUGUAUGUCGAACCCUUAGACUGUGUACGGCAUGUGAAGAGGGAGAUUGUUUUACCAUAUGUCGUUUACUUAUGACUCUUCCUCAUGGAAUGCAUUUACUACUAAAGAUUUAUUUACAAAAAUGUCGUCUAAAGUGGUUGAGAGAAUUAUUGAGUUGUAUACGGGGUAUGGUGUCCAUGCGCUUUAUCAUGGCAUGUCUUGGAUUUACUCCAGUUGAGGAUACCAGGCAGAGUGAAGAGACAAAAGAGACCCAAGUUUUCUGGUUAGAUGGAUCAUAUGAAGAGGCAGAGGAUGCUCUUAAGAAAUUUUUUGAAAUGAUAAAGUUUUCCACACCAGAGAGUUUUUCUUUCCAGCAUGAAAUUCAACGUGACACAGCAAAGCGACAUCAUGAUAAGAAAGGGGGAGAUGUGCGUGGGGAUGCAGGUGUAGUCGCUGUAGAUGCUACCCUUCUGUUUAAAUGCGUUGACGAUUAUGUCUCCUAUCUUGGAACUCGACACGAUGCUCGUCUUAAUAAUGCUGACUAA